AUGCCCUUCGGCAUCUACCCAGUCCACUGCAUCGUGCCUGCCUCCCUGAACUUCCAUCUUCCUCGCAGCUCGGCUCACAAACUUCGCACCGGGCUUAUUCCUCUCAGAGCGGACGUGCAGAAUCUCGACGCCAUCGUCCAAGACGCGCAGAGGCGAAGGAUGGCCUCCGCCCGCGGCUUGACGGGAAUGUGGGUGAAGGACAAAGCCAACAGCGACAGCAUGGACACAGUGUGCGAGAUGGCGGCCCUGUCCUGGGUGCUGCGCACGGCCGUCAAGAUCAUCUCCCGGAUGGAGCUGAAGGACGAUGAGGAGGCCUUUGAAGUGACCAUGAAGGCAGGCGGCAUCCUGGACGUCAGGGAGCGGUACCCCUGGUCCGGGGAGCCAGUCAACCAUCCACGCCGUGACAAGCGCAGGGGAAAGCACACUGCCUACGUGAAGCGGACCGAUCAAGGGCCAACCGUCUAUGUCAAAUGGGAUGAUCCCAUGGGUGGCACCUGCUCGGAUCACUUCAGGCUGACGGGGUAUGGCGACACGCUGGAGCAGCACUCCGAGAUGACCAUCGGCGAGAGGACGCAUCGCUACAUCUCUCGCUACAACCGGCAGCGCUGA